AUGUGCUUCACAUUUUAUUCCAGUGUGCUUGUUGGGAGGUCUUUGCUCUACUUCAUGUUUGAUGAUGGGUCCAUCCUAGAGUAUGACCUUGCACGGCACGGUCUGGCUGUGGUUGAUCCACCUGAGUCAGACUACAUCGACCAAUGUAACAUCAUGCUGGCGGAGGACGGCGGACUAGGUGUUAAUGAAGUUAUGAAUUUGCACCUCAAAUUGUGGGCACGGGAGGCGAGUGAUAUCACUGAUGCACGAUGGGUGCUGAGCCGAGUCAUCUACCUCGGCAGUUUGCUCCCAAUUAUUGCUUUUGUGGAUGCAGAGACUAGAGUGCUAGUGUUGGGCUUUGCCGAGGGAGCAAAUGUCAUCUUCGUGACCACGGUUGCUGGCGUCUUCAUGAUCAAACUACAAUCAAAUGAGGUGAGAAAGGUGUGCGAUGAUCAUGGCUUUCGUAAUUUGAUUCCAGUUGUCAGCUUCUACACUCCUAUGCCUCGAGUUGAGCACAAGGAUCCGUCGUUGAAGCAUAGUGAGGAGGCAGAUGGUACCGACCAAGAAGGGGAGGAGGAGAAGACAGCAGAUCAUGCACAACAGUUGAUUAACAAUGGGUCCAAUGUUAACAAGGAGGGGGACUUUGUCAACAUCCUCGAAUGCGCUAUCCAUGCCACAGAGAACAGGGUUCCACCUUGUGGGGAAGUUGCUCCAAAGUGUACCGGCACGGUCAACAAAUAUGGAUGCAGCUUGCUAUGUGAAGCUCAAGAGGCGUCUGAUCCUUUGGGUGAUGUCCCCAAGAGUGCGCGGAAUGAAGAGUCCGCGAAGAGUUCAGAUAGAAUCCACAAAGAUGGUGCUGGGAACUCAGAAAACCUGCAGUAG